AUGACUGUCAAGAAUGCCAAAGGCCACAUUGCAGAGUGUAAAGCAGAAGAUACGUGGAAAUCCGUCAAUCGAAUACAACGAGAGCUUGCAGCAGCUGCACAAGUGCCAGGCACACAGGCAGCUGAACAAGCUCUGAUUGCCAAUAUUUUGAAUCAUUUAGAUGAAGAAGGUACCGAGGAUGUAGAUAAUGAGCUUUUUACUAUAGAUAGACGGGGUUAUUGGGACUUUUCCCACAUAGAUAGUACAAAAUAG